AACUGGACAGAAAGUAUCUGCCCUCCCUUCCUAUUGCAGAAAGAGAAACUGAGGCACAGAAAGGAGCAGAGAGUGACCCAAGAGUCCAACAGGAGCUAUUGGCAAAGCCAGAGUUCCCAGCCAGGCUCGGUCCUGGCUGCUGGCCUGUGACUCACCUCCCCAAGAGGCCGAGGUGGCUCGGGUGGGUGUGGAGUGGGGAGUUGGGGCCAGCCUUUAUUGGUCCCUUCUGCCCUCUUGUUCCUGGCUUCACCCCAGGGUGGGGAGUGAUGACAAAGCCGGGGGAACUCUGCUUUUUUCUCCUCAGUACUCGCCCCCUUCGCCCUGUGGGUUCCAUCUGUUUUCCUCCUCUCUGGACCCGUUUGCUAACCAGGUCACAUCACAGGGCCACACCUAGCUGCAAGAGAAUCUGGGAGGCUGAGCAAUUCAAACCAGGCACACUGCUGCCCCCCACGCAACUGGGGCACUGCUGUACAGGAGAGGAGACUGGAUCUUUGGAGACACUCCAUCUCUAGACAGCCAGAGACGCUCCAGAAUGGAGGUCCUGAGGGAGAAGGUGGAGGAGGAGGAGGCGGCCGAGCGGGAGGAGGCGGCCGAGCGGGCUGAAUGGGCGAGGACCGAGAAAAUGAUGAGGCCAGUCGAGGUGCGGAAGGAGGAAACCACCUUGACGCAGGAGACGCUCAGAGACCUGGAGAAGAAGCUGUCGGAGAUCCGGAUCCCCGUCUCAGCGGAGCUUCCGGCCUUUACCAAGGACAUCAUUGACAUCUCCAUGUUGCCAGUUUCCUACAAAACCAACACGCCCAAGGAGGAACAGCUCCUGCAGCUGGCAGACAACUUCUCCCGCCAGUACAGCCACCUGUGCCCGGACCGCGUGCCCCUCUUCCUACACCCUCUGAAUGAGUGUGAAGUGCCCAAGUUCGUAAGCACAACCCUCCGGCCCACACUGAUGCCCUACCCUGAGCUCUACAACUGGGACAGCUGUGCCCAGUUUGUCUCUGACUUCCUCACCAUGGUGCCCCUGCCUGACCCCCUCAAGCCGCCCUCACACCUGUACUCCUCGACCACCGUGCUCAAGUACCAGAAGGGGAACUGCUUUGACUUCAGCACGCUGCUCUGCUCCAUGCUCAUCGGCUCCGGCUAUGACGCCUACUGUGUCAACGGCUACGGCUCGCAGGACCUGUGCCACAUGGACCUGACGCGGGAGGUGUGUCCACUCACCGUGAAGCCCAAGGAGACCAUCAAGAGGGAGGAAAAGGUGCUACCUAAGAAGUAUACCAUCAGACCCCCCAGGGACCUGUGCAGCAGGUUUGAACAGGAGCAAGAGAUGAAAAGGCAGCAGGAGAUCAGAGCCCAGGAGGAGAAGCGGCUGAAGGAGGAGGAGGAGCGCCGCAUGGAAGCGGAAAAAGCAAACCCGGAUGCCCUGCACGGCCUGCGGGUGCACUCCUGGGUCCUCGUGUUGUCAGGGAAGCGCGAGGUGCCUGAGAACUUCUUCAUCGACCCAUUCACAGCACGCAGCUACAGCACCCAGGAUGAACACUUCCUGGGCAUUGAAAGCCUCUGGAACCACAGGAACUACUGGAUCAACAUGCAGGAUUGCUGGAACUGCUGCAAGGACUUGAUCUUUGACCUGGGUGACCCUGUGAGGUGGGAGUACAUGCUCCUGGGGACAGAUAAGCCUGUGCUGUCCUUGACUGAAGAUUACAGUGGGAUCAACGAUGAGGAUGACGUGGAAAAUCUCGACAAGGAGGAUGAGGAUAAGAGCUUCGACAUGCCCCACUCGUGGGUGGAGCAGAUUGAGAUCUCCCCGGAAGCAUUCGAGACCCGCUGCCCGAAUGGGAAGAAGGUGAUUCCGUACAAGAGGGCAAAGCUGGAGAAGUGGGCCCCGUACCUCAACCGCAAUGGCCUUGUGAGCCGCCUCACCACCUAUGAGGACCUGGAGUGUACCAAUAUCUUGGAGAUAAAGGAGUGGUACCAGAGCCGGGAGGACAUGCUGGAGCUGAAGCACAUAAACAAGACCACAGGCCUGAAGACAGACUACUUCAAGCCCGGCCACCCCCACGCUCUGCGAGUGCACUCGUACAAGUCCAUGCAACCCGAGAUGGACCGUGUCAUUGAGUUUUAUGAAACGGCCCGUGUGGAUGGCCUGAUAAAGCGGGAGGAGACACCCGGGACAAUGACAGAGUACUACCAAGGACGCUCAGACUUCCUCUCCUACCGCCAUGCCGACUUCGGACCCCGAGUCAAGAAGCUCACUCUGAGCAGCACAGAGUCAAACCCCCGACCCAUUGUGAAAAUCACAGAGCAGUUCCUCCGCAACCCAGCAAAGCCCGCGGAGGAGGACGUGGCAGAGCGCGUGUUUCUGGUCGCAGAGGAGCGCAUCCAGCUGCGCUACCACUGCCGCGAGGACCACAUCACCGCCUCCAAGCGCGAGUUCCUGAGGCGCAGCGAGGUGGACAGCAAGGGCAACAAGAUCAUCAUGACGCCCGACAUGUGCAUCACCUUCGAGGUGGAGCCCAUGGAGCACACCAAGAAGCUGCUCUACCAGUACGAGACCUUGAUGCACCUGAAGAAGGAGGAGAAGCUGUCCAGACAUCAGGUCUGGGAGUCGGAGCUGGAGGUGCUGGAGAUCCUGAAGCUUCGCGAGGAAGAGGAGGAGGUGCACACACUGACCAUCUCCAUCUAUGACACCAAGCGGAAUGAGAAGAGCAAGGAAUAUCGGGAGGCCAUGGAGCGCGUGAUGCAUGAAGAGCACCUGCGGCAGGUGGAGACCCAGCUGGACUACCUGGCCCCAUUCCUGGUCCAGCUCCCGCCAGGAGAGAAACUAACACGCUGGCAGGCAGUACGCCUCAAGGAUGAGUGCCUCAGCGACUUCAAGCAGCGGCUCAUCAACAAGGCCAACCUCAUCCAGGCCCGCUUUGAGAAGGAGACCCAGGAGCUGCAGAAGAAGCAGCAGUGGUACCAGGAGAACCAGGUGACGCUGACGCCCGAGGAUGAAGACCAGUACCUGAGUUACUGCUCUCAGGCCAUGUUCCGCAUCCGCAUCCUGGAGCAGCGCCUCAAUCGACACAAGGAACUGGCCCCACUGAAAUACCUGGCUCUAGAGGAAAAGCUCCACAAGGACCCACGCCUGGGGGAGCUCCUGAAAAUGUUCACUUGAUGUCCCUCCUAGGGCUUCAGCCAAAGCUCCCAGAGAAAGGAAACCUCUUCCUAGGGCCUGGCUCCUGUGCUCCCUCUACCCAGCCAAUGCCUGUUUAUGCAGACACCUGGCCUCACUGCCAGCCCCCCUCUCCCACAGCCCUGUUUGUUCCUGCUUCUCACAAUUUUCCCCUAAAUAAACACACUCUUUAUUUGCCAUUUGUGCCUCUC